AUGCUGGUGGUGAGGAAAUUAGAGCGGGGUGGUGGUGGGUUAAAACAUGUUGUACUAAACCACAUAUGCUUCUUUAACUCUUCAGACGCCAACAAGGUUCACAACUGUUGCACAAAGGUCUCCAAGCAGAAGAUCACCGUUCCCAUCAUCGGCGCCAGACUGCAGAAAAAGGCCCUCCCCUGCGUCAACGCUGUCAUCUUCGAGACCGACAACGGAGAGACCAUCUGCAGCCAUUGGAAAGAGUCCUGGGUUCGAAAAGCAUUCUUCCAACUGGAGAUGGCCAGAAAGUCACUGGACACACAGGUCCCCACCGCCAACUCCCCCACCACAUCCCCAUAGAGGACGCUCUUCACCAUCAUCAUCAUCGUCACUCGCUGAACUUGAGGGAUAGCGUUGUUUAAACCUGUAAUUGAAAGGAUAAACUAUUACAUUAUUUAUGCUAAAGAAGGUACAUGUAAAGCCAUCGAGAUAAUAUGAGAGAAACUGGUGUAUUUAUUAUUUAUUGCCAGUUGAAGUAUUUAUUGGGUGUUUUAUAUGUAGAUUGAAUGGCUUUGUAUGAAUUGCAGUUUGCUAUAUGCUAUUAACAUUUAGUUAAUUCAUAUGAUGUGCAUUUUAAAGUCAAAGGUCAACAGCCUAUUUCCAAGUUGAAAUAAACUGGAGAUGUAAGAAUUUAUGUCAAGUAUUUAUACCAAAUAAAACAACUGAAUCCUUUGCUAUCCCA